AUGGUCCGCGUAAAAGUAGUAAAUAAUGAGGCGGAUCUGCGAGCGAUUUCUUCGAAACUAAAGGAAGGAAAAAAAAGAACUUUGGAUAUAAAACUCAAUAAACCAGUAAAGCAUGAAAAUUACAAAGAAUUGAACUCUGUUAUAGAAAAAUGUAGCGGAUUCAAAAGUGUAUCCGUGAGACAUUAUUUCUCAAGAGGAAUAGACUUGAGGGGAUUUUUGGAAGCGCUGUCUAAAAAUUCAGACAAAAAAGCAUAUCCAUUGGACAUUACGGACAAUGAAUACGCCGAUUGCUGCACAUCCUCAUUAGUAGCGUUAAUCAGGAAGAAGUCUCUUUCUGCUUUGAAAUUGCCAGACAAUGUUCCAGAACAAGAUCUAGAUCGUAUAUUGACUGAAAUUAAAGAGAGUUCUCGAGAGAUGAAGUUCUUGAAGAUUUCCAAAGGCCCCAUUUUGGAUACGUCGAUAGGCAUACCCCAACACUUGCUUAAAAAUGGGAAAAUCCUUGAUCUACUUGAUCUUUCUGAUUGUAUACUUACUGAUGAGAAAAAGACAUUGUUGCUCCGUUCCAGAAAGACUAGAUUAUUCAAGAACUUCCAUAUUUGUUCUCAUAACCUAGGCCAGGGCUAA